GAGUGGGCGUGGUUUCGUUGCCAUGGCGCCGCUUCCAGGAGGCAGAGCGCAGGCCGCGUUGCCAUGGUUCCCGCGGCCUCCCCUUGGGCCUGGAGCCUCCCGGAUGGAACUCGCCACGCCGCCGGAGCGAUCCCAGGCGGAAGAGAUCCGGCUGCAGCUCGAAGAAGAGGGGGUCAACCCUGCAGCCCCCCCGGAUGAGCAGCUCUGUUCCGUGUGGAGUCUGUUCCUGCGCGGCCGAGAAGAACUGCGUUCGACCACCGUUGAGCUGGAGAAGCUCCGCCAACAGCAAGCGGAGGAGAUGCGAGAGGUGGAGAGUUACGUGGGCCAUGUCCGGAGCCUAACCGAGGCCCGAGAUGCUCUGGUGACCAGAUACGAACGGGAGAACGAACAGCUCCGGACGGAGGUCACUCGACUGCAGCUGGAGCAAGAAUCCCAGCAGAAGGAAGUGGGGGAGAUGCUGGCGCAAGAAGGCCUGCCCCACGCCUCCCUCGGCAGCAGCCCCAGUGAACAGGUGGCCUACCUAUUGGUGGAGCGCAGCCGCCUUCUGGAGACCAUGGAGGCCCUGGAGCCAAGGGUGGGCUUCAAUGCCGCUUUGGGGAACCUCUGCACCGCUCGGCUUCAGGAGGAAUUGGACCAAAUCCGCCGGACUCUGGAAGAUGAGCUCCGAGAGCAGCGGGAAUCCAUGCAGCGCAGCAUAGAGCGGAUGAAUAAGUGUCACGCGGAGGAGCUGGCCAAAGAGCACACCUUGCGCACGGAGGCCGAGAAAGACCGGAAGGAGGCCCAGGGCGAGAUCCUGAGGCUGACGGAGGCGCUGGAGGCACAGGCGUCAGGAAAUCCUGAGCGCAGUAUCCAGCUGGACCAGGAUCUCGGCUUUCCUUUCCUGCCUGGAUACCUGGAUCAGGACGAGGAAGGGAUGCUCGAUUCAGAAGAAGAAGUGGCCACAAAUCCUGAAAAUGCCCAGGCCCUUCAUAAAAGGUGCCGCCAAGCCCUGGAAGGGGUGGAGGGCCAGAACCUGCAGCUGCGGCACAAGCUCUCAAAGCUGGAGAAGGAGCACGAGGAGCUGGUGGAGCGGAACGAGGAGCUGGAGUCCCUGCUGGGGGAGACCCAGAACCAGACCCGAGAGGAGCGCCAGCAGGUCGAGUGCCAGGUGGACGGCCUGCACAGGAAGAUCUCUCAUUUAGAGGCAGAGUUGUGCCAAGUCCAGAAGGCAAAGUUGGAAGAGAGCCUUCGAGAAGCGACGAAAGAAGAGGUGGACCUUCUGGAAAACAAACUUUUGGAGGAGAGGGAAUGGAGGAAGCAGCUGAGUGGAGAUCUGGAAGCCACACAGAAAGCCCUGAAGGAGGAGAAAAAGGAGCUGCAGAAUUCAAAGUCAGAGCUCCUGCGGCUUUACAGUGAGAUCCAGGCGCUUCGGGGCGCGGCAGAAGAGAGGGAUUUCCUACGCGAGAAGAUGCAGCAGGAAAACGCACCGCUCCAAACAAAGGGUCCGCCGCCGACCGAGAAGCUCCUUCGGCAGCAAGAGGAGCUGCAGCAGCUGCGGCGGGACCUCCAGCGGGUCCAGAACCUGUGCAGCUCUGCCGAGAAGGAGUUGCGCUAUGAACGGGAGAAGAACCUGGAGCUGCAGAAGCACAACAUCCUGCUCCAACAGGAGAGCGUCACGACCAAAGCGGAGCUGAAGCAGGCACAGCAGAGGCUGUCGGAGGCCUCCAAGGCCUGCUCCUCGCUCACCUCGCAGUGGGAGCUCAGCCAGCAGAAGGCCAAGGAGCUGGAGCUGGAGGCCCUGCGGCUGGGGCAAGCGGCCAAGCAGCUGAGCGGCCUCCAGGAGAGGCUCGAGCAGGAGAAGGUCCGUGCCUCCAAAGCCGAGAAGAAGAUUGCAGAGCUGCAGCAGAAGCUGAAGGAGUCUCAUCACCAGCUACGACUUUGCGAGGCCCAGGUUUCGGGGAAGAAAGCGCUGGAGGAGGAGGCGGCAGAGCUGCGGGAAAAGGAGGCCCAGGCCCUGCGGCAGGCCCAAGAAGAGCAGCGCAAGAGGAAGGCCCUGGACCUCCGGGCGGAGGAGCUGCAGCAGCAGGCGAGGCUCCAAAAGGAGAAAGAGGCCCAGCUGGUGAGGAAGUGUGCGGAGCUCCAGGUCCGGGCCCAGCAGCAGGAGGCCCGGCUCCGGGUCUUGGAGGAGGAGAAGAAGACCCUCUCCAACGAGCACCUCCGUUGCCAGAAAUACAGCCAGAAGCUGUCGGAGCAGCUCUUGACCUUGCAGCGGGAGAAGGAGACGCUCCACGAAGAGUACGGACACAUCCUGAAGCAAGUGGACACCUCCAUCAGGAAACACAAUGAGCGGCAACUGCGGCACAAAGCCAAGCUCCGUCGGGCCAAGGAGACCUUCAUCUGCGAAGUCAAGCAACGCAACAUCCGCAUCCGGCAGCUGGAAGAUGAGCUCGCGCUCUCCAAGGGCCACGCGGAAAAGGACCGCGCUCUGGUCCAGCAGAUCUCUUCCGAGAACGAGCGGUUGCUGCAAGAGAAAAGGAGGCUCCUGCAACAGGCCCACGACCUCGAGGAAGCCAAGCGGAGCAGCAAAUCCGCCCUCUCCGCUGCCCAGAACAGGGCGCAGUUUUUGGACGAAGAAAACCGGCAUCUGCAGGAGCGGGUCUCACAGCUGGCCGCCCAAGUCGGGAUCCUGGAGCGGACCCUGAGGAACAUCCACAGCCACAGCUUGGAAGAGCUGCAAAGCAUUGGCUUCUCGGAGUGCCGGCUGCAGAGCAAGAUCCUUCCCCUACCCAACAUCAGCUUUGCGGCUACAGAGCUGUUGGAGCCGUCCAGUCCCUCGAAGGCCCUCCAGGACUCCGUGGACGGGGCCUCGCUCUCCCCGGCCCCUUCUUCCCAGCCUUCAGAGAUCGGGUAUUUGAACGUUGCUUCCCCAGCGGAGCCAGCCCAUCUCCCCGACGAGGAGGAGCAGCCGGACGAAGCCUUCCCUUGCGACGACCGCGUGUAAACAUGCUCCGAAGCAGAACAAGCACAUAUUUCUUCCAUUCUAAGACACGCUUUUCCUCCCACUUAUAGACACGUCUCUCGAAAUGGGGUGCGCCUUAGGAUCUGUUGCAAAAUCGAUGAGAUAUGGUGCUUCUUGGACUUCCUCAUCUGAACCAGUCGUAUUUUUGCACAUGCGUAGUAGUCACUUUUUGCCUUGUACCGGAUGUAAUAAAUGUAUAUAUACUCUUGGAAA